GCUAACGGUCUGGUCCUCCGGUUUUCCGCUGCCCUGCCGCUUAGGAGGUGCGCCCCAGCUAUGCAGUGUCCAGGGAGACGACGGGCAUGACGGCGACAGGAUGGGCGCGAACAAUGGCAAACAGUACGGCAGUGAGGGCAAAGGCAGCUCAAGCAUCUCAUCCGACGUGAGUUCAAGUACAGAUCACACACCAACCAAAGCCCAGAAGAAUGUGGCCACCAGCGAAGAUUCCGACUUGAGCAUGCGUACAUUGAGCACGCCCAGCCCAGCCUUGAUAUGUCCACCGACUUUGCCAGGAUUUCAGAAUGGAAGGGGCUCCUCCACUUCUUCAUCCUCCAUCACCGGGGAGACGGUGGCAAUGGUUCACUCCCCACCCCCGACCCGCCUCACUCACCCACUCAUCCGGCUGGCCUCCAGACCCCAGAAAGAGCAAGCCAGCAUAGACCGGCUCCCAGACCACUCUAUGGUGCAGAUCUUCUCCUUCCUGCCCACCAACCAGCUGUGCCGCUGUGCACGGGUUUGCCGCCGCUGGUACAACCUGGCCUGGGACCCGCGCCUCUGGAGGACUAUCCGCCUCACGGGCGAGACCAUCAAUGUGGACCGUGCCCUGAAAGUGCUGACCCGUAGGCUUUGCCAGGACACACCCAAUGUGUGUCUCAUGCUAGAGACUGUCAUUGUCAGUGGCUGCCGUAGGCUCACAGACCGAGGGCUCUACACCAUUGCACAGUGCUGCCCAGAACUGAGGCGCCUGGAAGUCUCAGGAUGUUACAAUAUCUCCAACGAAGCUGUCUUUGAUGUGGUGUCCCUCUGCCCCAACCUGGAACAUCUGGAUGUGUCAGGGUGCUCCAAAGUUACUUGCAUCAGCUUGACCCGGGAGGCCUCCAUUAAACUGUCCCCCUUACAUGGCAAACAGAUUUCCAUCAGAUACCUUGAUAUGACGGACUGCUUCGUGCUGGAGGACGAAGGUUUGCACACCAUCGCAGCUCACUGCACGCAGCUCACACACCUCUAUCUGCGCCGUUGUGUCCGCCUCACGGAUGAGGGCCUCCGCUACCUGGUGAUCUACUGCACAUCCAUCAAGGAGCUCAGUGUCAGUGACUGCCGCUUUGUCAGUGACUUUGGCCUGCGGGAGAUUGCUAAACUGGAGUCCCGCUUGCGGUACCUCAGCAUUGCCCACUGCGGCCGCAUCACGGAUGUGGGCAUUCGUUAUGUGGCUAAGUACUGCAGCAAAUUACGCUACCUCAAUGCGAGGGGCUGCGAGGGCAUCACGGACCAUGGAGUGGAGUACCUUGCCAAGAACUGCACAAAACUUAAGUCUCUGGACAUUGGCAAAUGUCCUCUGGUCUCAGACACGGGCCUGGAAUCCCUGGCUUUGAACUGUUUCAAUCUCAAGAGGUUAAGCCUCAAGUCCUGCGAGAGCAUCACCGGCCAGGGCCUACAGAUCGUGGCUGCCAACUGCUUUGACCUGCAGAUGCUGAAUGUCCAGGACUGCGAAGUUUCAGUGGAGGCCCUGCGGUUUGUGAAGCGCCAUUGCAAGCGCUGUGUCAUUGAGCAUACAAACCCUGCUUUCUUCUGAAGGGGCGGCUCCCGUGAGCCGUGAAAACGCGGCCUACAGGAACCAAACAAUGUUUUGUAAAAGCAGCCCAUGUAAGCACCCACACCCACUCAUAGCUCAUAGCCCCUGUUUCUUCCGGGAAUGUUCUUUGGAGUCUGGCUUUUAGUUUUAUUUCUCAUGAGCAAAUGAGGUUACGGAAAUGAAGAAGGAAAACCAAAUUUCUACCGUGGUAAACUGGUUCUGGUCGGUUCAUUUGUAGACAUAGGCUCACAAAGGGUGCACCUCAGCAGGCUGGUCACUCUGUCUUUGGAAAUGCACCUUACCCUAUCCUCCUUUCCCCUGCUCGGCCGCAAGGCGUAUCCCAAAGUUCCACACCUUCAUCUUCCAACCCUGCAACAACUGCAGCAUUGUCAGAAUGAGACCCUCUAAAGCUGAUGUUAAACUACUUGGUAGAUAUAAGCCCCACUCCUAAAUCCCACAGCAAGCAAAUUGGGGUUAAAGUCAUGUUAACACUUUACGUGUGCAGAGAUCUUCCCCAUGCUAAGCAAUUAUGGCAAAUCACACGGAGUAAAAAGAGACAUAUUUUCUAUCCCAGCUCUGCCACUAACUAGCUGUGUGAUCUUGGUCAAAACACCUCACCUUUCUGGGCUCCAGCUUCCCACCACCAGAGGCUAGAGGUGGGGGGAUGAGCCUCAUCCCCGUUUUAGAACUGAGAGAAUAGUGACGCCGAUAAGCAGAGCUUUGUAUAA